UCACUGAAACCAAAGCAACAGUCCAAGCAGCUUUCAGAAUGACAGUCUGCAGAACUGAGCUGAGCGUGUGUGCGGUACGGGGCUCUCCUGCCUUCUGGGCUCCAACACAGCUCUGUGGCUGAACUGGGUGCUUACCACCGGAAUUGCUGGACUAUGGAAUACAGAUGUGGCAGUUCAGGUAGCCCUGUGUUGCCUGGAAGAAUACAUCAUGCUUUUUGAUAAGAAGAAAUUGUAGAAGCCAGUUUUUUUUUCUCCCUUAACCCCCUCCCUCAGGAAAAAAAAAAAACUGUAAAGAUGCAAAAACGUAAUAUCCAUGAAGAUCCUAUUACCUAGGAAGAUUUUGAUGUUUUGCUGCGGAUGCAGUAUUGGGAUUUAUUUGUUCUUGGAGUGUUCUGCGUGGCUGGCAAAGAAUAAUGUUCCAAAAUCGGUCCAUCUCCCAAGGGGUCCAAUUUUUCUUCCUGGGUGUCAGCGAGCCCUGACUCACUACAGUGCAGCUGACAGGGGCUGUCAUGCAAGUGGCCCCCUAAGCCAAAGCAAAAGACCUAAGGACGACCUUUGAACAAUACAAAGGAUGGGUUUCAAUGUAAUUAGGCUACUGAGCGGAUCAGCUGUAGCACUGGUUAUAGCUCCCACCGUCUUACUGACAAUGCUUUCAUCUGCUGAGCGAGGAUGCCCUAAGGGCUGUAGGUGUGAAGGCAAAAUGGUAUAUUGUGAGUCUCAGAAAUUACAGGAGAUACCCUCAAGUAUAUCUGCUGGUUGUUUAGGUUUGUCCCUUCGUUAUAACAGCCUGCAAAAACUUAAGUAUAAUCAAUUUAAAGGGCUCAACCAGCUCACCUGGCUCUACCUUGACCAUAACCAUAUCAGCAAUAUUGACGAGAAUGCUUUUAAUGGGAUACGGAGACUCAAAGAGUUGAUUCUGAGUUCCAAUAGAAUCUCCUAUUUUCUUAACAAUACCUUCAGACCUGUGACCAAUUUAAGGAACUUGGAUCUGUCAUAUAACCAGCUGCAUUCUCUGGGAUCUGAGCAGUUUCGGGGCUUGCGGAAACUGCUCAGUCUACAUUUGCGGUCUAACUCCCUGAGAACCAUCCCUGUACGAAUAUUCCAAGACUGCCGCAACCUGGAACUUCUGGACCUGGGAUAUAACAGGAUCCGAAGUUUAGCCAGGAAUGUCUUUGCCGGCAUGAUCAGACUCAAAGAACUUCACUUGGAACACAAUCAGUUUUCCAAGCUCAACCUGGCCCUUUUUCCAAGGUUGGUGAGCCUUCAGAACCUUUAUUUGCAGUGGAAUAAAAUCAGUGUCAUAGGACAAACCAUGUCCUGGACCUGGAGCUCAUUACAAAGACUUGAUCUGUCAGGCAACGAAAUCGAAGCUUUCAGUGGACCCAGUGUUUUCCAGUGUGUCCCGAACCUCCAGCGCCUCAACCUGGAUUCCAACAAGCUCACAUUUAUUGGUCAAGAGAUUUUGGAUUCUUGGAUAUCCCUCAAUGACAUCAGUCUAGCCGGGAAUAUAUGGGAAUGCAGCAGAAAUAUUUGUUCCCUGGUAAACUGGCUGAAAAGUUUUAAAGGUCUGAGGGAGAAUACAGUUAUCUGUGCCAGUCCCAAAGAACUGCAGGGAGUAAAUGUAAUGGAUGCAGUGAAGAACUACAGCAUCUGUGGCAAAAGUACCACAGAGCGUUUUGAUCUGGCCAGGGCUCUCCCAAAGCCAACGUUUAAGCCCAAGCUCCCCAGGCCGAAGCAUGAGAGCAAGCCCCCCCUGUCCCCAACUGUGGGAGCCACAGAGCCUGGCCCAGAGACCGAUGCUGACACGGAGCACAUCUCUUUCCAUAAAAUCAUCGCGGGGAGCGUGGCCCUCUUCCUGUCCGUGCUUGUCAUCUUGCUCGUUAUCUACGUGUCCUGGAAGCGGUACCCGGCAAGCAUGAAGCAGCUGCAGCAGCGCUCCCUCAUGCGAAGGCACAGGAAAAAGAAAAGGCAGUCACUCAAGCCAAUGACUCCUGGCACCCAGGAAUUUUAUGUAGAUUAUAAACCCACCAACACGGAGACCAGCGAGAUGCUGCUGAACGGAACGGGACCCUGCACCUAUAACAAAUCAGGCUCCAGGGAGUGUGAGGUAUGAAUGAACCAUUGUGCUUAAAAGCGCUCUUAAAAGACGGGGAAUAAGUGGUGCUUUAUUGAACUCUGGUGACUAUAAAGGGAACACACGGUGCCCCCUUUCCCCUCCCCCUCUCUCCCUCUCCCUGUGCUGGCAAGGUUCUUCCCUGUCCCUUUGAGUGCACUCAUAAUACUGGUCAUUUUCCUCUCAUACAUAAUCAACCCAUUGAAACUUAAAUACCACAAUCAGCGUGAACCUUGAAGUCUGCUUUAAUAUCAUGCCUAUUGUAUCAGACCCUGUAUUGAUUCCAUAAAUGUUGCAUUUGCUUUCAGAUAAAACUUCUUUUAUA